AUGUCUUACCAGCAGCAGGAACAGUGCAAGCAGCCGUGCCAGCCACCUCCUCCAUGCCCACUGCCGAAGUGUCCUGAGCCAUGCCCACCCCCACCGUGCCCUGAGCCCUGUCCACCCCUGAAGUGCCCUCAGCCGUGCCCACCUCCCAUAUGCCCACCUGUGCAGUGCUGUCCUCCCCAGCCUUGCCAGAAGUGCCCUCCUGUGCAACCAUACCAACCCUGCCAGCAGGAAUGCCCACCCAAGUUUAAAUAA